AUGUACAAGGUUUUGGAGCGGAUCAUCCUAGAUCGACUAAUCCGACAUCGCGAAGAAACCACCCGUGACGAACAAGCCGGCUUUCGCCCUGGUCGAUCGACGAUUGAUCAGGUGUUUAUUGUGAGAAGAGUGAUUGAAGUGUGGCAGCGGUAUUCGAAGCUUCUACAGUUAGCAUUUUUGGACUUCGGAGCCGUUUUCAACUCUCAUCACCGAAGCCGUCUUCUCAAUGCGUUUCGACCGAUAGAGUUCGAGGAAACUUCGCACGCCUAA